AUUAUAUGCCCUAAUAAUGUAUCGUAUUAUUGAUUAUUUCACAUAAAUAGGUGUAAUUCAGCUGAAAAACUGGAAACCUUUAACGUUGGAUCAGAUCAGUGAUAACACCGAUGCAACAGUCGGCGAAAUAUUGGGUGAUAUCUUGUCUGUGGCUACGCUUCGUAUCCGACUCUACAGGCCACGUAUGAACGCGGCUCAUGAGUUAAAGGACAAAUUGCUUCAAGUAUUACUGGCCAACUCUUACAGCCUCCUCACCAACUCUGGCUGUCCUAUCGAUCAG